UCUCCUCGCUGGUCCCUCUCCGCCACGCCAAGGCUCUUUGGAAAGAGUGUGUCCAAGGGCAUCUGGGGAUCCUCCCCAAAACCAUUAAAAAAGGAGCGCCCACUUUAGAAAAUGAGACAGCAUGUCUGACAAAAUGUCCAGUUUUCUAUACAUCGGGGACAUCGUAUCCCUGUAUGCGGAGGGCUCCGUCAACGGCUUCAUCAGCACUCUGGGGCUAGUGGAUGAUAGAUGUGUGGUGCAUCCAGAAGCCGGUGACCUUGCCAACCCUCCUAAGAAAUUCAGAGAUUGCCUUUUUAAAGUAUGCCCUAUGAACCGAUAUUCUGCACAAAAACAAUACUGGAAGGCCAAGCAAGCUAAACAAGGAAACCACACAGAAGCAGCAUUGCUUAAGAAAUUACAGCAUGCUGCAGAGCUGGAACAAAAACAGAAUGAGUCGGAGAAUAGGAAGCUGUUGGGAGAAAUUGUUAAAUAUAGUAAUGUGAUACAACUACUGCACAUAAAAAGCAACAAAUACCUAACAGUUAACAAGCGCUUGCCUGCCUUACUGGAGAAGAAUGCCAUGCGGGUGUCCUUGGAUGCUGCAGGAAAUGAAGGGUCUUGGUUUUAUAUUCAUCCCUUUUGGAAACUGAGGAGUGAAGGUGACAAUAUUGUUGUAGGAGAUAAAGUCGUAUUGAUGCCAGUCAAUGCAGGACAGCCACUACAUGCGAGCAACAUAGAGCUUCUAGACAAUCCAGGGUGUAAAGAGGUUAAUGCUGUUAAUUGCAACACUAGCUGGAAAAUCACUUUGUUCAUGAAAUUCAGUUGCUAUCGUGAAGAUGUUCUCAAAGGGGGCGAUGUUGUCAGACUGUUUCAUGCAGAACAAGAGAAGUUUCUAACCUGUGAUGAAUAUGAGAAAAUACAGCAUAUUUUCCUUCGUACAACUUUGCGUCAAUCAGCUACUUCUGCCACAAGUUCUAAAGCGCUCUGGGAAAUUGAGGUGGUACACCAUGAUCCAUGCCGUGGGGGAGCAGGACAGUGGAACAGUUUAUUCAGAUUCAAACAUCUGGCAACUGGAAAUUAUUUAGCUGCAGAGCUCAAUCCUGAUUAUCGAGAUGCCAACAAUGAAGGAAAAGUGGUGAGAGAUGGUGACCUUCCUACUUCAAAGAAGAAACGCCAAGCAGGGGAGAAGAUUAUGUAUACUUUGGUCUCUGUACCACAUGGAAAUGACAUUGCAUCGCUCUUUGAAUUAGAUGCUACUACUCUUCAGAGAGCUGAUUGCCUGGUGCCAAGGAACUCAUACGUUCGGUUGAGACAUUUAUGUACUAAUACAUGGGUGACCAGCACCAGCAUCCCUAUAGACACUGAUGAAGAGAGACCAGUGAUGCUAAAGAUUGGAACGUGCCAGACGAAGGAAGAUAAGGAAGCGUUUGCCAUUGUGUCAGUCCCUCUGUCUGAAGUCCGGGAUUUAGAUUUUGCCAACGAUGCAAACAAAGUCUUAGCAUCCACGGUUAAAAAAAUGGAGAAUGGAGCAAUAACUCAGAAUGAAAGAAGAUUUGUAACAAAGUUAUUGGAGGACCUCAUUUUCUUUGUUGCUGAUGUACCUAAUAAUGGACAAGAUGUUCUGGAUGUGGUAGUCACUAAGCCAAAUAGGGAAAGGCAAAAAUUAAUGAGGGAGCAGAACAUAUUGGCACAAGUGUUUGGGAUUCUUAAAGCUCCCUUUAAGGACAAAGGGGGAGAAGGAUCAAUGCUGAGACUCGAGGAUCUGGGGGACCAGAGAUAUGCUCCCUACAAGUACAUGUUGAGGCUCUGUUACCGAGUUCUUAGACAUUCUCAGCAGGACUAUAGGAAAAAUCAGGAAUAUAUUGCUAAGAAUUUCUGUGUCAUGCAAUCCCAGAUUGGCUAUGAUAUUUUGGCAGAGGAUACCAUCACAGCUUUGUUGCACAACAACAGAAAACUACUAGAAAAACAUAUCACAGCAAAAGAAAUUGAAACAUUUGUUAAUUUACUCAGGAGGAACCGUGAGCCAAGAUUUUUGGAUUACUUAUCAGACUUGUGUGUGUCUAAUACAACUGCUAUACCAGUAACUCAAGAACUCAUCUGUAAAUUUAUGCUGAGUCCAGGAAAUGCUGAUAUUCUCAUUCAAACCAAGCUGGUUUCCAUGCAAAUAGACAAUCCUUUGGAGUGUUCCAUCCUCCCAGAUGAUAUUGAUGAUGAAGAAGUCUGGCUUUACUGGAUUGACAGCAAUAAGGAACCUCAUGGCAAAGCUAUCCGGCAUCUUGCACAAGAGGCUAAAGAAGGCACAAAGGCUGAUUUAGAAGUCCUCACGUAUUAUAGGUAUCAAUUGAACCUCUUUGCAAGGAUGUGCUUGGAUCGUCAAUAUCUAGCCAUAAACCAGAUUUCUACCCAGCUUUCGGUAGAUUUGAUCUUACGCUGUAUGUCAGAUGAAAGCCUGCCAUAUGAUCUUCGAGCCUCUUUUUGUCGCCUUAUGCUUCACAUGCAUGUGGAUAGAGACCCUCAAGAAUCAGUAGUACCUGUUCGCUAUGCAAGACUUUGGACAGAGAUACCUACCAAGAUCACAAUACAUGAAUAUGAUUCUAUUACAGACUCUUCGAGAAAUGAUAUGAAGAGGAAAUUUGCAUUGACAAUGGAAUUUGUUGAAGAAUACUUGAAAGAAGUUGUAAACCAACCAUUCCCUUUUGGGGAUAAAGAGAAAAACAAGCUUACAUUUGAGGUGGUACACCUGGCUCGAAAUCUUAUUUACUUUGGAUUUUACAGUUUCAGUGAGUUGCUAAGACUGACAAGAACACUUCUGGCUAUUCUGGAUAUUGUACAGGGACCCAUGUCAUCAUACCUGGAAAGAUUAAGCAAAUUUCAAGAUGGAGGAAAUAAUGUUAUGCGAACUAUCCAUGGUGUUGGAGAGAUGAUGACCCAAAUGGUCCUCAGUAGGGGAUCUAUCUUUCCCAUGUCUGUCCCUGAUGUACAGCCUAGCACCCACCCAAUCAAGCAAGCAAGUACUACUGAUAAUGAGGACAUAACUGUUAUGGACACAAAAUUAAAAAUAAUUGAAAUUUUACAGUUCAUUCUGAGCGUUAGACUAGACUAUAGAAUCUCAUAUAUGCUGUCUAUCUACAAGAAAGAAUUUGGAGACAACAAUGAAAAUCCUGAAAACUCCACUACUACUCCCCCUGACACACCACUUUCAUCAGCUAUCGUUCCUGAUAUAGAUGAAAUUGCAGCUCAGGCAGAGACUAUGUUUGCUGGGAGAAAAGAAAAAAAUCCAGUCCAACUUGAUGAUGAAGGAGGAAGGACAUUUUUACGAGUUCUUAUUCAUCUGAUCAUGCAUGAUUACCCUCCUUUACUAUCAGGAGCCCUGCAGUUGCUAUUUAAGCAUUUCAGUCAAAGAGCUGAAGUUUUACAGGCUUUUAAACAGGUACAAUUAUUGGUAUCUAAUCAAGAUGUAGAUAACUACAAACAAAUCAAAGCUGACCUAGAUCAACUACGACUGACUGUAGAAAAAUCUGAGCUGUGGGUUGAGAAGAGUAGCUCGUAUGAAAAUGGCGAAAUGAGUGAAAAUCAAGUAAAAGGGGGAGAAGAGCCGAAUGAGGAAUCAAAUAUUUUAAGUCCAGUGCAAGAUGGAACCAAGAAACCUCAGAUCGACAGUAAUAAGAGCAACAAUUACAAGAUUGUAAAGGAGAUUUUAAUCAGAUUAAGUAAACUCUGUGUCCAGAAUAAAAAGUGUCGGAAUCAGCAUCAACGUUUGCUUAAAAACAUGGGGGCUCAUUCAGUGGUGUUGGACCUUCUACAAAUACCCUAUGAAAAGUCUGAUGAAAAGAUGAAUGAAGUGAUGAAUUUAGCCCAUACAUUUCUACAGAAUUUCUGUCGGGGAAAUCCUCAGAAUCAAGUUCUUCUCCACAAACAUCUCAAUUUGUUUUUAACUCCUGGUCUUCUUGAAGCAGAAACGAUGCGACACAUCUUCAUGAACAACUACCAUCUGUGCAAUGAGAUUAGUGAGAGAGUCGUACAGCACUUUGUACAUUGUAUUGAGACACAUGGUCGCCAUGUAGAAUACCUGAGGUUUUUGCAAACGAUUGUAAAAGCAGAUGGCAAAUAUGUAAAAAAAUGCCAAGAUAUGGUAAUGACAGAGCUAAUAAAUGGAGGUGAAGAUGUGCUGAUAUUUUACAACGAUAGAGCAUCGUUUCCCAUCCUUCUACAAAUGAUGUGUUCUGAGAGAGACCGAGGAGAUGAUAGUGGACCUUUAGCUUACCAUGUAACACUUGUGGAAUUAUUGGCAGCAUGUACUGAAGGAAAGAAUGUAUAUACUGAAAUCAAAUGCAAUUCUCUUCUGCCCCUGGAUGAUAUAGUGAGAGUAGUAGCCCAUGAUGACUGCAUUCCUGAGGUUAAGAUCGCAUAUGUGAAUUUUGUUAAUCACUGUUAUGUGGAUACUGAAGUGGAAAUGAAAGAAAUCUAUACUAGUAACCACAUUUGGAAAUUAUUUGAGAACUUCCUUGUUGAUAUGGCAAGGGUUUGCAAUACAACUACAGAUAGAAAACAUGCAGAUAUCUUUUUAGAAAAGUGUGUAACAGAGCCAAUCAUGAAUAUUGUUAGUGGCUUCUUUAAUUCUCCCUUCUCAGACAAUAGCACAAGCCUUCAGACUCAUCAACCAGUUUUUAUUCAACUGCUUCAGUCUGCCUUUAGAAUUUACAACUGUACCUGGUUAAACCCAGUACAGAAAGCCUCAGUGGAGUCAUGUAUCAAAACACUGGCCGAAGUGGCAAAGAAUCGCGGUAUUGCAAUUCCAGUGGAUUUGGACGGCCAAGUCAAUACUUUGUUCAUGAAGAGCCAUUCCAAUAUGGUACAGAGAGCAGCCAUGGGAUGGAGAAUGUCAGCUCGUAGUGGACCACGCUUUAAAGAAGCACUUGGAGGGCCUGCAUGGGAUUAUAGGAACAUAAUUGAAAAGUUGCAGGAUGUAGUCAGUUCUUUAGAGCAGCAGUUUAGCCCGAUGAUGCAGGCUGAAUUCUCCGUGUUGGUUGAUGUGCUGUACAGCCCAGAACUUCUUUUUCCUGAGGGAAGUGAUGCAAGGAUAAGAUGUGGUGCUUUCAUGUCCAAGUUGAUUAAUCAUACAAAGAAGCUCAUGGAGAAAGAAGAAAAGCUCUGCAUUAAAAUUCUUCAGACCUUACGAGAAAUGUUAGAGAAGAAAGAUAGCUUUGUGGAAGAGGGGAACACAUUAAGGAAAAUACUGUUAAAUCGUUAUUUUAAAGGUGAUUAUGGGACUGGUGUGAAUGGACAUCUGUCAGGGACCUACAGCAAAACUGGGCAAGGAAACUUUUCUGGACAAGAUUCAGAUAAGACGGGGAUAUCAGUAUCUGAUAUUCAGUGUCUUUUGGAUAAAGAAGGUGCAUCUGAACUUGUCAUAGAUGUUAUAGUGAACACCAAAAAUGACAAGAUUUUUUCUGAAGGAAUUUUGCUUGGCAUUGCAUUGCUUGAAGGAGGAAAUACUCAAACACAGUAUUCUUCUUACCAGCAACUGCAUGAACAAAAAAAAUCUGAAAAGUUUUUUAAAGUCUUAUAUGACCAUAUGAAGGCUGCCCAGAAAGAGAUACGGUCAACUGUGACGGUGAAUACCAUAGAUUUAGGCAGCAAGAAGAAGGAUGAUGACAGUGAUCUAAUAGCGUCUAGUCCAAGAAUGAGAGUAAGAGAUCCAUCUAUGCAUUUAAAAGAGGGAAUGAAAGGGCAGUUAACAGAAGCAUCUUCAGCAACAUCCAAAGCAUACUGUGUAUAUCGAAGAGAAAUGGAUCCAGAAAUAGAUCUCAUGUGCACAGGAACAGAUGCUGGAAAUACAGAUGAAAAGUGUGCUGAUGAAGUAACGAUGACCCCUACUAUUGCAAUCAUGCAACCGAUUCUGAGAUUUCUUCAACUACUUUGUGAGAAUCACAACCGAGAAUUACAGAACUUCUUGAGGAAUCAAAACAACAAAACCAAUUAUAAUCUUGUUUGUGAGACUCUUCAGUUCUUAGACUGCAUUUGUGGAAGUACAACUGGAGGGCUAGGUCUGUUGGGGUUGUAUAUCAAUGAGAGGAAUGUCGCUCUAGUGAACCAGACCCUGGAGAGUUUAACUGAAUAUUGCCAAGGACCAUGCCAUGAGAAUCAGACUUGUAUUGCUACUCAUGAGUCUAAUGGCAUUGAUAUCAUCAUUGCACUGAUAUUGAAUGACAUAAACCCUCUUGGAAAAUAUCGCAUGGAUUUGGUGCUUCAGCUAAAGAACAAUGCCUCUAAGCUUUUGCUGGCUAUUAUGGAAAGCAGACACGACAGCGAGAAUGCUGAGAGGAUUCUUUUUAACAUGAGACCAAGGGAACUGGUGGAUGUCAUGAAGAAUGCCUAUAACCAGGGUUUAGAAUGUGACCAUGAAGAUGAUCGUGGAGAUGAUGGCAUUUCACCAAAAGAUGUUGGACAUAAUAUCUAUAUUCUGGCCCAUCAGCUGGCUCGCCAUAAUAAAGCAUUACAGCAGAUGCUUAAACCAGGGUCUGAUCCAGAGGAAGGAGAUGAAGCUUUGAAAUAUUAUGCUAACCACACAGCACAAAUUGAAAUUGUUCGUCAUGAUAGAACUAUGGAACAGAUUGUUUUCCCUGUUCCAAAUAUAUGUGAAUACCUGACUCGAGAAUCUAAAAGUCGUGUAUUCAACAUGACUGAGAGAGAUGAACAAGGAAGCAAAGUGAAUGACUUUUUCCAACAAACAGAAGAUCUUUACAAUGAAAUGAAAUGGCAGAAAAAAAUCAGGAAUAACCCUGCACUGUUCUGGUUCUCUAGACACAUAUCACUCUGGGGGAGCAUUUCAUUCAAUUUGGCUGUAUUCAUCAAUUUAGCUGUUGCUCUUUUCUAUCCAUUCGGAGAUGAUGGAGAUGAAGGUACACUUUCUCCCUUGUUCUCAAUCCUGCUUUGGAUAGCAGUCGCAGUUUGUACAUCCAUGCUGUUUUUCUUUCCCAAACCUGUUGGUAUUCGACCAUUUCUUGUGUCUAUAAUGCUCAGAUCUAUAUAUACAAUAGGACUUGGGCCUACAUUGAUACUUCUUGGGGCUGCUAAUCUUUGUAAUAAAAUAGUAUUUCUGGUAAGCUUUGUUGGAAAUCGUGGAACAUUCACUCGUGGGUACCGAGCAGUUAUCAUGGACAUGGCCUUUCUUUACCAUGUAGCUUAUGUCUUGGUCUGCAUGCUGGGUCUUUUUGUCCAUGAGUUCUUCUACAGUUUCUUGCUUUUUGAUUUGGUAUACAGAGAGGAGACUUUGCUCAAUGUUAUAAAGAGUGUCACCCGAAAUGGUCGCUCCAUUAUUCUGACUGCAGUCCUCGCUCUCAUCCUCGUCUACUUGUUCUCCAUUAUUGGAUUCCUGUUUUUGAAAGAUGACUUUAUCAUGGAGGUGGAUAGGCUGAAAAACAGAACACCUAUUACAGGCAGUACUGAAGUUCCUACAGUGACUCUAACUUCGAUCAUGGGAGAAUGUACUAAGGAGAAUUGCUCACCCACAAUACCAUUUUCAAGUACAGUUGAAGAAGAUGAUGAAGAUGGGAUAGAACGGACCUGUGACACACUCCUGAUGUGCAUUGUUACUGUGUUAAACCAGGGCCUGAGGAAUGGUGGUGGUGUAGGAGAUGUUCUGAGAAAGCCUUCUAAAGAUGAACCCUUGUUUGCUGCUAGAGUGGUUUAUGACCUUCUUUUUUAUUUCAUUGUCAUCAUUAUUGUUCUGAAUUUGAUUUUUGGUGUUAUCAUUGAUACAUUUGCUGAUCUUAGAAGUGAAAAACAGAAAAAGGAAGAAAUUCUAAAGACAACCUGCUUCAUCUGUGGACUUGAGAGAGACAAGUUUGAUAAUAAAACUGUAUCAUUUGAGGAGCACAUUAAGUCUGAACACAAUAUGUGGCAUUAUUUGUACUUCAUAGUUCUGGUGAAAGUUAAAGACCCAACUGAAUACACUGGACCUGAAAGUUAUGUAGCUCAAAUGAUUGCGGAGAAGAACUUGGACUGGUUUCCUCGGAUGCGAGCCAUGUCUCUAGUUAGCAAUGAAAGUGACAGCGAGCAAAAUGAAAUUAGAAAUCUGCAAGAGAAAUUAGAAUCAACUAUGAGUCUGGUCAAACAGCUGUCUGGUCAGCUAGCUGAGCUCAAGGAACAGAUGACAGAACAAAGGAAAAAUAAGCAGAGACUGGGUUUUCUUGGAUCAAACACACCCCAUGUGAAUCAUCACAUGCCACUGCACUGAUACCAUGGGGGGAAGCCGUGACUAGCCUUUCAUCAGUAUCCCUGCUUGAUUACAGAAUAAAGAACUGAGAUCGAGGGGAGUGAACAGUGCCUAUUGUUACAAACUUAAAAACAACCAAGUGCCAAGAUGUUAAGUGGUUUUGCUCUGGGAACAAUUUACAACUGUUUUUCAUGGUUGAGAAGACCACAAAUGAAAAUAUAAUAGCUACAAAGAGUACUUUGGGGUACAUGUUACACAUUCUUCAAGCAACCUGAAAUGUCUUCAGUUGAAGAGAAUGAUUGGGAAAGAAUAGAAAUUAAUAGGAAUCAUGUUUGUCUCACUGUCUGUAUCAGAAUGUCUGCGGUGGCGGUCCAGCAUUGGCAAUAUUCUGUUAAUUAUAGUAAAUAAGUUGGGGACACAGGAAAUAAUGUUGCUAUGGGUUAAUUUCUACUAGUGUAGGAAAAAAAAACAGCGAGGGUUGCAAAAAUUGUUAAUGCUACUGAAUUUUAGCUGUCACAAGGCAAUUUUCUUAUUUAUAACAUGAAGCACAAUGGAUUUACAACAGUGGGAAUUUAAUUCUUUGGAGCUUAUGCAUGCUACACUGACAACCUAACUGGAAAGUGAUUUCAUUUCUUUUCUUUUCUUUUUAUUUUUUGGAUUCAGAUGUUCUCUAUUAAUGUGGCUGCAAAUGGAAAUUUUUACCUACCUUGUUGUUGAAACAUGCUUCAUAGCUAUUUAUAUUCUAAGAUUUUAAAAGAUAGAAGAAAAACCUAAAAGUAAGCCCCAUAGAAAGAUUUUGUUGAAUACAUAUGUGCUUUUAAAACUCAUAUUGAGAUUGAAAAAUUAAAAAGGCCUAAAGAUGACAGGAGGUCUUGAGAGACUUAAAAUAGUAGCAUUAUAUUUUAUAAGCACAUGGUAGGAACAAUUUGAUUUGUGUAUGCAGUACCUAAGGAAAUCAGCAGUCUUAUUUAUGCUAUUCCUUUAGUUGAAAAGAGAGGCCAACAAGUUUAUGGAAAAUGAGAUAAAAUGUUGGUAUUAAUUGAAAUUUUAACUAUUGAUCAGAGGUUUUGAAAAUGUAUCAAAGAUGUUUAACCCCUUCCCAAAGGAAGAAUACUUUUCAUAUUAAAUUAUAAAAGAAUAUUCAGAACUAUCUAGAAGGGCCAGAUGAGAAAAGAAAACUAAAUUUUUGUCACCUGCCCUCAUUCAUUCUACAAGGUCAUUCUUAUAAAUAUCAUGUUUAAGCAUGUUAGGGCAAGAUGCAGAUAAUAAAACCUUCAAAAAAUAAGAUCAAUAUUGCAGAGCUAGGUGAUCUUGUAUGAUUUAACAUUUUGGCCCCACAUAUACAAUUAUAGAAUACUUCAGUACUUGAAAGGAUUCAUGAUCCCAUUGGUAUAGAUAACUCUUCUUUUACUAUUACUGAAGCAAAGCCCAACUUUCUAUCCCAUGUAGACGACAAUCUUCAUAAGCUACAACAAUACUUUGAUGGUUCUCUGCUCUCAUUGACGUGGGAGUAUCUCUUCCAACUGUGCAAAUUGAAACCCACCUUCUCAUCUCAGCUAUUCCAUGUUUUUCUACAUGUCUUCCAUAAAGGGGAUCACUCAGUAUAUGGAAGACCUCCUAAAUCUCUCAGUAAUGUAUUAGGUAUCAGUGAAGUACGUGGGCAAGCCAUCAGAUUUAUCUCACUCUGACUAGAUGACCGACUCACUUCAUUUUCCAGUCCAACAGUCCUUUGAUAAUAUCUAUUGUGGUUUUUUUGCAUGAUACUUUGUUCAUAAUAUCCUGCAUCUUAGUCAUGCCCACCACGACUCUCCAUUACCCUUUAGAUGAUCAAUAACUUUCAUUCUUGAAUGUUUCACAGACAUAUAACAUCACUAGAAGAAUAUUGAUGACAUUCAAAAUUGACUUUUCCAUGAAAAAGAAUCAUGAACAUUGCACAGUUUCCCAAAUGCAAUCUGGCCUGCUCUAUUUCUGUUAAAUUCUGAAUACAGUGCCUUCUUCAUCUGAAGUGUCUGUGUGAAGAAUGUGUACUAACAGAUAAGCUCAUUGGGACCAUAGAACCAUAGACUAGAAAAGACCCUAGAGGUUUGCUCAUCUAACUCCUUAAUUUUGUAGAUGAGGAAGCAAACUCAGACCCAAAAUUCUACAGGUAGCAAAGUGUCAGGGCUGGAAUUUGAACCAAGGUAGUAUGACUCCAAAGCCAAUCCUUUUUCCAUUGUACCAUACUGCUUCCUACUGGCCAGCUAACUGAAUAGCACACUCUGGGUAAUAGCUAUCUUUCAUUGUCUUUGAGUUUCAUGUCUGGGUAGUACACUAAGUUCUUUUGAGUGAUUUUGGAGGUCAUCUUCAUAAUCAAUAUCAUCAUCAUCAUUACUUGUGAUGAGCCUCACCAAACUGAGCCAGGCUUUUCCUCUGAUGGCAGAGAAUCAAUUGCUGGACCAUACUCAAAGCCAUACCAUCUUGGUAGGACCUACCAGGGCCUUGUGCUCCAUUAAUACAACCUUAAAGGACCCAGAGUCAUCUUACCAUAAGAUAACAAAGUAGGACUUUAGUGGACGUCAGUUAUAGAAAUUGAAUUUCAAAUUCUUUAAGAUGUUCCAUACAAUCAUCAUAGUUCAGUUCUAUACCCAGCUUGCAAAACUCCUGAAAGGCAUUAAAAUGUAAUUGGGAAAUGUUUAAUAGAAUAAAUAAAAAUACAACAUAGAUAAUGUUAA